CGGAACGGAACGGGCCGGGCGGCGGGCGCAGCCAUGUCCUUCUGCUCCUUCCUGGGGGGAGAGGUGUUCAAGGACCACUUCCAGCCGGGUAUUUACGUGUGUGCCAAGUGCGGCCAUGAGCUGUUCUCCAGCCGGGCCAAGUACGAGCACUCGUCGCCGUGGCCAGCGUUCACCGAGACGCUGCGCGGGGACAGCGUGGCCAAGCGCGAGGAGCGCCCCGGGGCGUUAAAGGUGACGUGUGGCAAGUGUGGCAACGGGCUGGGCCACGAGUUCCUCAACGAUGGGCCCAAGAGGGGCCAGUCCCGCUUCUGAAUAUUCAGCAGCUCGCUGAAGUUCCUCCCGAAAGGUCAAGCUGACCUGAAGGAGAAGUAAGUGAGCUGCUGCACCUGGCACUGCCCUGGGCUAAUCCUGCCUUCACUCCUUGGGAUGCACUGUCCUGCCAAGAGGACAGGAGCAGGAGCAACCCCAAGGAAGCUCCUGGUCCGAGUUUUCCCCUGAUUUCCUGGUCACGGUUUCCCCUUGAUUUCCCUGUCAAGGUUUUAUUCCCUGAUUUCCCUGCCAGGGUUCCCCUGUUUUCCCUGUAGCAGUUCCCCUCAAUUUCUCUGUCACAUUUCCCCCCGGUUUCCCUAUCCCAAUUCUCUCUUGGUUCCCCUGUCCCGGUUCUCUCCUGGUUCCCAUGGUCCAGUUCCUCCCUGGGGCUGUUCCAGCUCCAUCCAAGGAGCUCCUGUGCCCGUGCUGAGCUCUGGGGAGGGUUUGCUGCUGACAGUGUCCAGACCCCAGGCAGGCACUGAUGCAAUCCAGGGAGGCUCUGCUGGCACUUGCAGGGAGUAACACGGGAUUAGCCCAGGUCAGGGCCAGGCUUAAUCCCUGGAGCUAUUCUGGGCUGGGAUCAUGGUAUGAACUGCCCUAUAUAAACCCCAGGGUGCUGGGGCAAGGAUGUUUUAUGGUCCCACAUGUUUUCUGGGCAGCAUCCAGGUGCUUCCCCCCUCUGCCCACCUUCCACACUGCAGAGACGGUUCCACACCAGGGUCCUCAACUCUGCCCUGGCCUUACACCUGAUUCAGCACUGUGCAAUAAAUUCCAGGGGCACUCAGGUUCCUCCUGGCUCUGCCCUGCUGGGGGGGAGGCUGAAAUUGGGCCCAGGAGCUGCGCUUGGCCCCGCUCAGGCUCCGGAAUCGUGGCUCCCAAGGGCUGCCACACUGAUUCUCCUGAACUCAGUGCCUCAUUCCUGGCCUUCCCUCCCUGGCCCAGGAGCCAAAUCCCCCUCUGGAAUGGAUACACGAGGAUCUUUAAAGAGGGAAAAGGCUGUUGCUGACCCGUGGGGUUUAGAGGGGCUGUGCUGCUGGUGCAGCUGCACUCGGGGACACCUUGGGGGCUUUUCUCUCCACGUGUUUUCCCCCAAUCCCACGGAUCCAAGGGCACCAGGGGAGGUUUGCCAACCCCAGCUCACUCCCUGGGGCUCACUGCAGGUCUCCAUGCUGAAAUAAAGCACUGAUUCACUGUG